UGAAGAAAUUGAUCGGGCCGGGCAAUCCCCGGGAUAGUUUAGAUGCGCAGCCUCUAGUAAAAGCUAAAUAGGUAUUACGACAAAAAUAAUAAGUCGCAAUUGCGAAAAGGGAUUGCGAUAAAACAUUCUGACAGCCAUGACAGAUAUCAUGGAAGUAACUGAAAAUGUUGUUAACCAAGAAAUAUUAAACGUCAAUGUGGAAACAGCUACAGCUUCACUAAACAGUGGAAAGAAAACUCCAUUUGAAAAUGCAACAGUACGAGAGGAGACAAGGUGCCGCACAAUCGGGAAGGAAGUGAAAGCAGUUGAUGAUUUCGAGUGUUCCGUAAUUCCCAGAAAAAGAGCACGAACCGAAUAUUCUUCUAUCAAAGAGGUGAACAUUCCUGAAGAAACAUUUGAAUUGAAAUCUAUGUCCAGCGAUGAGACGGUUUUGAGACCUGUAUUCCAUGAAGCCUUGGCAUCUUCCAUAAACACAAAAGAAAUCCCCACUGAAGAAAGAAUAGGGAUUGAUACUCCAAUUAUCAAUAAAGUGGAAAUUCCCAUAGUCAACAGUCCAACAGAAGCUACUAUUGGCAAAAAAGAAAAUUUCUCAGUUGAGGAAACUAGCUCGACAUUGGAAGGCAUAAGAGAUGUGCAAGACUUCAAAAAAUUUGAGAAGAACAUCCCUAUGAUGGAAGAAUUAUUUGAGGAAACUAACCAUUCCCUGUGGAGUGGCGUCAAUUUUUAUACAGCAUACAAGCUAGUGGAAGUAUAUCCCGGUGUACCAGAAUAUACUACGGUCUACAAAAAAUUUGACGACUCUCUCAGAGAAAUCAAAUACAUCUAUCGAGUUGAAAACCCAUUUCUUUAUGCACAGUAUCAUCUCAAGAUGAAACAAAAACAAAGCAUGCAUGGAGUAUUGAAAGUGAAAGAACAUUUAGUGUUUCAUGGAACCAAGGAAUGUAACGAAGAAUCAAUCUGUAAAAACAACUUUGAUUAUCGAAAAAUGGGAUGUUACGGUUAUGUAUAUGAUAAAUUUGGUAAGGGGAUCUCCUUUGCGACAAAUACCAACUACGCAAUGGAUUAUCCAAGACGAGAUUCAAAUCCAGUACGUACCAUGUUUUUCGCUAAUGUUUUAGAAGUGGAAAGAUGUUCUGGGGAAUGUGGGUUGAUUAUACCACCAGAACCAGCUGACUUAUCGGCAAGCGAAAAUGUUUAUGUCAAGUUUUUCGAUGAGUUCUAUCCAAAAGAUCUCGUACACUAUAAACGAAAAUAAUUUCAGAGGUUUCUGAUAUUUGGUUGACUGAUUUUUAUGAUGAAAUUAUACUACAUAUCCAAAACAAGUACCUUUCCUAAUCACCAGAACUGCAAUACUCGUCUCGUCGCGCAAUUUGCUAACCAAGUUGGCGUUUUCAGGAGGAGAAAGCUUUU